AUGAAUCCCAACAAGGCUGCCGGAAACUGUAGAGAAGUGUCUCAACUCCUUGAUGGAAUGAAUGAGAUGAAUCUCGGUGAUGCCAACGAGACUCCAGCCCUUGAACUCGCGUCGAAUGUUGGCAAGUUGAGCCUUGGUCGCAUGAGCGACAGCUCUGCGCCUGAGCUUGCUGCGAGCAUUCGCCAGUUGAGCCCUGAUUCUUUGGGUCUCGCUGGAGAAGCUGCUUCGGCUCAGUCGGCGCUCUUACCCGCUAUGCAUCAGCUGAGCCUUAGUUCGGCUGCCAAUGCGGCGCAAGCGGCUGUUCCGGUUGUCCAUGAAGAUACUGUCAUGGAGGAUCCUGCCAUGGAGCACGAGAACGACGUCGGUCAUGUCACCCAAGUUGGAGGACUUAGGUUGGUCGGAGUCGUCAACCCCCUCAAUGAGACUGUGGCCACAUGGGCUACGAGCAGAGAAGUUGAUGGUGACAUCAACGUCUGGGCAUGGUCGAAUCUCUUGCCAGGUGCUAUCCGGUGCCAAGUCGAACAGGGAUGCGUUUGUGUUGAGGAGGUCAUCGCACGUUGCGAUCAAGGCAAUGGAGUCGGGCGGAUGAGCUGGCGCUCUACACGAGCCAUGAUGAGGCGAGACCUCCCUCAUGAACUCGCGCUCUGGAGUCUCAUCGUCGUUCCUGAAAUCCUUGCCGAUCCGAGACUCAAGGCCAUGGACCCAGAGAGCGUACCUCGGCGCUUUCUUCGUUGGGCCGUUGAUUUGACUGAUCAGUGGCACUUCGAAUGCACAUUCCAGGGGAACCCAGAAGAGAUUCGAGACGUCGAGACUUCUCUUUUUUGGCCGAUUCUCCCUGCCGGCCAUCAGCUGGCCCGUUUGCUGGACUCGGUUGGUACCCAGCGUUUACAGGAGAUCAAGGAAGAUCCUCAGGUGUGUUGUAGGGAAGAGGGUGGAACGGGUAGACAAUAA